GCAUCGUCUUGAUAGUCAGUGCCACUUUUUUGACGAGCAGAAGAGAGAAGAGGGGAAGGAAGAGAGAGAGAGAAGGAUCAUUUGCAUCCGAGAUUUACUACUGAUAUCUCUCUCGUUCCUGAACUGAUCUUUGUCUUUGGACAUCAUUUUGCUUCAUUGAUCGAGAAGAAUCUAAGGCAAUGGCAGAUAAAAACAGCGAAUGCAGUUCCACCCAAGUCAUAGAUGGGGAUGGCACAUUUAAUGCUGCUGGAGUAGAUAAUUUCAUGAAGGAAGUGAAAUUGGCAGAAUAUGGUCUUUCAUAUGCUGUAGUUUCUAUAAUGGGCCCGCAAAGUAGUGGAAAGAGCACUCUCCUAAAUAAUUUAUUUGGAACAAACUUCAGGGAGAUGGAUGCUUUUAAGGGAAGGUCACAGACGACCAAAGGUAUUUGGAUGGCAAAUUGUGCCGGUAUUGAACCUUGCACAAUUGUAAUGGAUUUGGAGGGUACAGAUGGAAGGGAACGAGGAGAGGAUGAUACCGCAUUUGAAAAGCAAAGUGCCCUCUUUGCCCUUGCUGUUUCAGAUAUAGUGCUGAUUAAUAUGUGGUGUCAUGAUAUUGGGCGGGAGCAGGCUGCAAAUAAGCCUCUUUUAAAAACUGUAUUUCAGGUCAUGAUGCGACUAUUUAGUCCACGAAAGACAACCUUAUUGUUUGUUAUACGUGACAAAACCAGGACACCAUUAGAGAACUUGGAACCUGUUCUGAGAGAAGAUAUUCAAAAGAUAUGGGACAAUGUUCCUAAACCACAAGCUCACAAAGAAACUCCAUUAAGUGAAUUUUUCAAUGUUGAAGUUGUGGCUCUUUCAAGUUAUGAAGAGAAGGAAGAACAAUUUAGGGAGCAGGUGGCUAAUUUGAGGCAGCGAUUUUUUCAUUCAAUAGCUCCUGGUGGACUCGCUGGAGAUAGAAGGGGUGUAGUUCCUGCAUCAGGGUUUUCAUUUAGUGCACAGCAGAUCUGGAAGGUUAUUAAGGAGAACAAAGAUCUUGACCUUCCUGCACACAAGGUCAUGGUGGCUACUGUACGUUGUGAAGAAAUUGCCAAUGAAAAGCUUGCUUCUUUUGUCACAAAUGAGGUGUGGUGUGAGCUAGAUGAAGCUGUACAAUCUGGCCCUGUUCCUGGUUUUGGGAAGAAGCUUAGUUCAAUUCUAGACACUUGUCUCUCAGAGUAUGAUGCAGAGGCUACAUUUUUUGAUGAUGGUGUCAGAUCCUCUAAGCGGAAGCAGUUGGAAGAGAAAUUGCUGCAACUUGUGCAACCAGCAUAUCAGUCUAUGUUGGGGCACAUACGGUCCCAGGCCCUGGAAAAAUUUAAAGAAACGUUUGAUAAAGCUUUAGCCGGUGGAGAAGGAUUUUCUGUGGCUGCUCGUAAUUGUACCAAAUUAUAUAUGACCCAGUUUGAUGAAAGAUGUACAGAUGCCACCAUCAUGCAAGCUGAUUGGGACUCAUCCAGAACGAGGGAUAAGCUUAAACGUGAAAUUGAUUCACAUGUCACUGCUGUAUGGACUUCCAAGCUGUCUGAGCUUACUAACCUAUACGAGACGAAGUUGAACGAGUCACUGUCUGGACCUGUUGAAGCUCUUCUGGAUGGAGCUAAUGAUGAAACCUGGUCGUCAAUAAGGAAGCUUCUUCGUCGUGAAACUGAAUUAGCUGUCUCUAGUUUUGAAUUAGCAAUUUCUGGUUUUGACAUGGAUGAAGAGACUAGGAGUAAAAUGCUACUGAGCCUGAAAGACUAUGCAAGAAGUGUGGUUGAAUCAAAGUCAAAAGAAGAAUCGGGAAGAGUUCUUAUUCGUAUGAAGGAUAGGUUUUCCACAAUAUUUAGCCAUGAUUCUGACUCAAUGCCACGGGUCUGGACGGGCAAGGAGGACAUUAGGGCAAUUACUAAAACUGCUCGCUCUUCAUCUCUGAAGAUGCUCUCUGUAAUGGCUGCAAUUCGAUUGGAAGAUGAACCUGAUAAAAUUGAGAGUACAUUGUCUCUUGCUCUGGUUGAACCCAGAACUGCUGGUACUACGAACAGAAGCUUGUCAUUGGAUGAUUCCCUGGCAUCGAGCACUUGGGAAGAGGUUCCAGCAUCGAGAACAUUAAUCACACCUGUUCAAUGCAAAUCAAUAUGGAGGCAAUUCAAGACAGAGACAGAGUACACUGUCACUCAAGCUAUUGCUGCUCAAGAAGCCAGCAAGCGGAGUAAUAAUUGGUUGCCACCACCAUGGGCUAUUGUUGCCUUAGUUGUCUUGGGUUUCAAUGAAUUUAUGACACUUCUUCGGAAUCCUUUAUACUUGGGAGUAAUUUUUGUUGCAUUUCUUCUAGUAAAAGCACUAUGGGUGCAGCUUGACAUUGCUGGUGAAUUCCGCAAUGGUGCUCUUCCAGGACUUCUUUCUUUGUCCACAAAGUUCCUUCCCACAGUUAUGAACCUUCUUAAAAAACUGGCGGAAGAGGGUCAGAUGCCUGCUUCUGGCGCUGACCCACGUAGGAAUUCUCCAUUGGCAGCAAAAAGUUUCCAAAACAGUGUGAACAAUGGUGGUGAUCUCUCGUCAACCGGAUCUUCCACUAUCACUUCAUCAGAAAAUGGAACUGAAUACUCAAGCCCCGUUAGGCAUGACAAAACAAUGUAAGAAAUCUGUUAUUCAAAAUCAUGCAUUUGGUUCACGGUUUCGUACUGCAAAUCAGCAAAUUGAGCCGUAAAGUACUUACUUUAUGAUGGAAAGGCACUGAGUUUUGUGGUGAGUGCUCUUAUACAUGGGAAAUGCCCCUUAUAUAGCCCCCUUCUUAUUUUCGUAUUUUUUUUUAUUCUCUUUGACAUAGUAACCUGUUGUAUGAUUGUAUCCUGGUUUGCCUUUUGCAUUUGCUUGUAUUUCAACAUGAAAUUUUCUCUGAGAACCCCCUGUUUGUGCUCUUGCAUAUGGAAAUGCUGUCCUUGCAGAUUUUCUUA